AUGGCGCAGCUGGCGGAGGAAGUGGAGGUGCGGGCGCAGGUUGGCCCGGCGGGGGGUGGACAAGAUGGAGGGCUGGGUGUGGCUCUGGGCGAGCAAGCCGCUGUGAGCGCCAUUGCUGGCAACGUCAGCCUUGAGUCGACCCACACCUCGGAGCAAGAAUGCUCCGAACCGGAGCACGUGGCCGUGCCGCUUUGCAUCGUGGGCGCUGGCCAGCAUUCGCUCUGCUUGGUGGCCAAGAUAUUGGAGACCGUUCAAGAAGCUGCCGAGAUAAUCGAUCCCCACGGAUGCUGGAUCGAGCGUUGGCGGCGGCAGUUUGCAGCACUGCGCAUCCCACAGCUGCGCUCGGCCUCCAACGCGCACGCCGAUCCUGUCGACCAGCACAGGUAUGCCCGCUUCGGCACGCUCGACGAGCCAGCCAGGCUUGCAAUCACACGCCCACUUAACCUUGUUGGAUUCACGCAUCUCAGCAUGCGGCUCUUUGUGGAAGACCAUCACAUUCGGCACGAGUUCUCCCUUAUUUCACUGGAUCGCACGCAAAUUUACAACGGUCCCUUUGAAGUACCAUCGACCCCGGUUUUUGAGCGAUUCAGCCGCACUAUUAUCCAGCGCUAUCACCUCGAGGAUGCUGUUACAGAGGGGCUUGUCACCAAGCUAGAGCCAGCACCGCCGACUGACGACGGCUCGCCUCGUUGUCGUGUUACUACGGCCGACGGCCGAACCGUCGACGCUGAACACGUGGUUCUUGCAUUGGGAAGCUUAGAUGUGAAAAACAUCCCGCCCUGGGCUCAGGAUUUCUAUGGUCGGGCCCCUCCAUCACAGCUGAUACACGCCUCCGACAUCAUGACAGCUGCCAAUUGGGAUGUACCAACAGACGCCCACGUUGUGAUUGUUGGCGCGGGUCUGACCGGUGGACAUUUGGUUGCGCGCGCAUUGUCUGAAGGUGCCGCACGUGUGACGUUUAUUGCUCGACGAGAAGUCAACAUCAAGCAGUUUGAUCUCGAUCUCGAAUGGAUGUCGAAUCGUCGCAAUAAACAUCUUGCCGGUUUCUGGUCCCUCGAUGACGAGCAACGGAUUCGCAUGCUGCGCCGCGUCAAGGGUGGUGGCAGCAUUUCUCCGGAGGUGUGGGCUCGUAUACAAGCUUUUGUGAACGAGGGUACUUGUCAAGUUUUAGAGGAAACCGAUAUUGCAUGUCUUGAACUCGAAACGGGGCGACCGACCCUGUAUUUUGCCGAUGGCGAGGAGCUCGAGGCGGACCUCAUCAUCCUGGCUACAGGCACAGUGGUGCACGCCGAGCGCCACCCGUUGUUGUCCCAACUGCAAACCCACUGGCCGAUUGAACUUUGCCCAACUUCGGGUCUCCCCAAACUCACGGCACGUCUUCAGUGGCGCGCCGAUGUACCGGUCUAUGUGAUGGGCGAGUCUGCAGCACUUCAACUUGGUCCAGGUGCCGUCAAUCUGAUGGGUGGGCGUGCUGGAGCAGCACGCCUGGCUGAUCACUUGCGAACCCACCUUCUAGCUGCUAUGCAAGCACAAGACAGCAGUUUCCAGGAUGGGUCCAGCAACAAAGCCGAAAUGUCUUAA